AUGGAAAACCAAAUGGAAUUACUUCUCAACAAAAUAAAAGAAGAGAUGGCACUACAAACCAAACAAAUAACUGAAACUGUGUUGGAAAGUUUGGAUAAGAAACUUGCAUCAGUUAUUGAAGAAAAUAAAGCCUUAAAAACUAAAGUUGAAACUUUACAACACAAGAUUGAUUCCCUGGAAGAUAACAAAAGAAGACACAAUUUAAUAUUUUUUGGAGUAAACGAGAUGGAGCAAGAGGGAUCCUUAAUUGAUUACACAAAAACGAUAAUUGAAAGAGAAACUAACACGAAUAUACAAUCCUACGAAAUAAAUACCGUACAAAGAUUAGGGGCCAAAGGCAAAGGAACUCGCCCUUUACUGGUUGGUUUUACCUCAAUAUGGAAAAGGAACCAAAUUCUCAGGAACAAAUACAAAAAGGGAGACCUAACGAGAUCAGACAUUUCGAUUAAGGAGGACUACUCAAAAGAGGUUUUACUUAAAAGAAAAGAACUGGUGCCUCAACUAUUGCAAGAGCGGGAGAAGGGCAAGAUAGCCUAUUUAAAAAAAGAUAUACUAAUAAUAAAAGAUCCUAAAGAAACCAACCAAUUCAAAAGAAAAAGAGACUCAAAAGAGUCUCCUAAUGAUAAAACAAACACAACUAGACCAGCUUCCAAGAAAACAAACACAAACAAUAUUCUAGAUUAUGCUUAUGCACCAACUGAUAAAGCGAACGAAGACGAAAUCUGUGAGUUCUACAAAGACUUAAAUCAAGCUCACUCCCUAGCAGAUGACAAAGUUCUGGAUAUUGACAAUUUACAACCUGUAGAGCAAGCAGGCUUCCGGUCAGGUUUCAGCACUAUCGAUCACAUUCAGACAAUAGAACAAAUAAUGGAAAAAUACAGAGAAUUCAACAGAUCCCUCUAUGUGGCGUUCAUAGAUUACAGCAAAGCUUUUGACAGCAUCAAUCACAGCGCUAUCUGGAAAGCUCUUUACUCGCUAAAAAUCGACCAAAAAUAUAUAAAUAUAAUAAAAAACAUAUACGAAAACAGUACCAGCAAAGUAAAGCUCGAGACCAGUGGAGAACCCUUCAAUAUUGAACGAGGUGUAAGACAAGGCGACCCGCUGUCACCAAAGCUUUUUAUAGCGGUCCUUCAAGAUAUUUUUAGCAAAAUGAACUGGGCACAAAAAGGCAUACUGAUAAAUGGCAACUAUCUCAAUCAUCUAAGAUUUGCAGAUGACAUUGUGAUAAUGGCUGAAUCACCUAAAGACCUGGAGGAAAUGAUAACAACACUCGAUCAGGAAAGUAAAAAAGUAGGACUUGAUAUGAACACAGAUAAGACAAAAAUAAUGACCAACACUUACAAAAGACCAAUACAAAGGUCAUUCAAUGGUACCCCAGAGACGGAAAAAGAAGGCAAGGAUGACCACACAAAAGAUGGGAAGACGUCCUGCCAAAAGGAUGGCGUAGCAAAGCUAGAGACCGAGCUGAGUGGCAAAGUCUGCAGGACUAUGUCGAAGGACAACCUGACUGCGAUGGUGUAA